ACUGGAGGCAGUAUGGAGGACUCUAUUGAGGUCAUGCUCCAGGAACGGACCUCCAAAUUACUCUGUCCUAAUCAGGACAACCGAGUCCUUACCUUUGGGGCAGGAGCCAUCUUCUCUGGGCUCUAUGGCCUCUGGGCCAUGUUCUGCCUGCCUGGAUUGAAAGUGCCGUUUCGGCUAAAAGUUCCGUUCUUGCCAUCCACAAAAGAUCAGACUGAGAAUGUGAUAAAGUUGCUCGAAGGGAGACGAGGUCGGCUGGCUGACCUGGGCUCCGGAGAUGGACGAUUGGUGUUUGCAGCAUGCUGUGCAGGAUUUCAGUGCACAGGUUUUGAGAUCAACUCCAUGCUGUUAGGCUAUUCUCGAGGCCAAGCAUGGUGGAAGGGGAUACCACACACUCAUGCCACAUUUGUUAAGCAGGAUUUUUGGAAGACUGACCUGUCAAAAUACACAAACAUAGUUGCAUUUCUGGCCCCUGAUGUGAUGGCUGACCUGGAAGAGAAACUCCUGAAGGAGCUUCCUGCCAAUGCCCGGGUUGUGGUGUGUGGUUUCCCAUUUCCACACUGGCCCCACAGCUGCACUCGCGGCUCUGGACUGGACCAAGUCUGGGCUUAUAAUGUCUCUGGUGCGCGAGAGACAAGAGACAUGACUUCCUCUUUGAAAACACAUCCUUGA